AUGGCAAAUCCUGUAUGGGCUGAUGGGCCAUGGCCACUAAUCACAACCCCUUCUAAAACCCAAGACGUGUCAAAACAUGCUUCUAUUUACAUUGCAAAUGAAAUGGCCUGUGCCCAUAAUUGUAUGCUCCGGGGCCUCAACAGCAUCUACCUCCAAGCAGAGUAUGUCAAGAAGCCUCAAGACAUUAAAGAUUUUCUGUUUUUCAUCAAGUCCUGGGCAGACUGGGUGUCCGACCAUCAUAUCCUCGAAGAAAAACAAAUGUUUCCCGGUUUCGAGAAAGUCAUUGGCACGGCUGGCUUCCUCAACACCAACGUGGGACAACACCAUGCAUUCGAGCCGCAGUUGAAAAAUCUACUAAAGUAUGGAAGCCAUACUAGCCAUGUGGACUACGAUGCCACGACGGUCCGUACAAUCAUUAAGGAAAUGGCCCCAAGUUUCCGUCGUCAUCUAAGCGACGAAAUCGACAGUCUUCUCUCAAUGCAGCCUUAUAAUGGAGCAGCGUUGUUGAAGGUGUACAAGCAUUGCGUAGCUGAAGCAAUCAAGCAAGACAAGCAAGUGGUCCCUCCUAUGGUACUUGGCCUGCGGGAUGUCACAUUCGAGGGAGGAAACCAGUGGCCUUCACUGCCCCCCAUGGCUGCAUGGGUGAUAUCUUAUGUUCUGGCCCGGCGGUAUUCGGGUUCAUGGCGCUUCCUUCCAUGUGACAGCUGGGGAAAGCCUCGCGCAUUGGCAUUUAGACCCGGGGAUGACAACGAAGCAACAAUGGGCUAA